AUAAUCGAACAAAAUUAUAUAAUUGCAAGAUAAAAAUAAUAUUAAGAAUGCGUAUCUUAUCGUUGCCUUUCAAAAUUUUAAUAUUUUGUGGUAUAUGGAAACCAACAUCAUGGACAACCACUUGCAAAAAGAUCAUCUAUCGUACUUAUACUUUUCUCGUGAUAUUGUUUGUCUCUUCCUUUCUAUGCUCGCAAAUGAUUGACAUGUUCACUGUUGACAACAUGAACGAGUUCACCGAAAGCUCUCACAUGCUUUUGACAAUGGUGAUCGGUUUUUGCAAAGCAGUGAACGUAUUGAUGGCACGAGAGAAAAUUAUAAAAUUAAUUGACAUUCUCGUAGAUGAAAUGCGCUUUUCUGUUGAUUCCGAAGAAUCGAAGAUUCAAGAAAAAUAUGAUCGGACUAUUCGGGCUAAUACGCUUCACUAUGCCAUCAUGAUCGAGACGUCAGUUUUAUCAAGUAUUUUAAAUUCUCUUUUGACUGACUUACAAGCGAAAACGUUGCCCUUCAGAGCCUGGGUACCUUACGACUGUUCCUCAUCGAUCGUUUUUUACUUAACUUACUUUUAUCAAAUGAUAUCGAUGACAGCUUGUUCUCUCUUUCACGUCGCGAUAGAUGCACUGUUCUGUGGAUUUUUAUUACAAAUUUGUUGUCAAAUAGAUAUAUUGAAGUGUCGAUUGAAACGUUUAAACUGUAAUGGUAUCGACGAUCUUCGAAAAUGCAUUCAACAUCAUUAUCAAAUUUAUCAAAUCGCUGAAAAAAUGAAUGAAGCUUUUGUCAUGACGAUAUUUGCUCAAUUUUUCAUCAGUUCGGUAGUCCUUUGUCUGAGCAUGUUCGAACUACUUAAAAAUGAUCUAUUGAGUACAGAAUUCAUGGCCCUGAUAAUAUAUUUGUCGACUUUGUUGGUCCAAAUUUAUAUUUUCUGUUGGUACGGCAAUGAAGUGAAAUUGAAGAGUAUUCACAUUGCUGUUGCAUUUGCCGAGUCAAACUGGACGUCGUUAGACAAUAGUUCGCAAAAAAUGAUUGUAAUAAUGAUGCAACGUGCGGCAAAUCCCAUCGAAUUUGUUAGCGGAUAUUUUAUCACAGUAAAUCUCGAUACCUUUAUGAACUUAAUCAAAACCUCUUAUUCGGCAUAUAAUGUUCUUCAAAAAGCGCAAUAAACAAUAAGAAAGACGAAUUUAACAUAACUGAAAAACUACUUACAUGUAUGUGUAUAUAUAUAUAUAUAUACGUACAACUGUAUAUAGAUAUAUAAGAAUCUCGCAAGUAUCAGACAAAAUUUUAAUCCUGAUUUAUUCGUUAACGUUAAUAACGUCAAAUAAUUUUAGUUAUUACACAUAUACAAAUAACCAUAUAAAAAUGAUCGUUUUAUUAAUUCAACUUCUUCUUUUUAAAGUAACUACUAAAAAUUUCGUACUCGGUUUACAAUCUACUCGAACAGAGCAAAAGCCAAUGAAGAAGAUUGAAAGAGUUAAACGAUCGUAAAUUUGCCAAGUCGACUGUAUACUGGGCACUACAUUCACCUGAUUAUUUUAACGAAACAAUAUAGAGAACGUAAAAAAAAGGCGAUUGAAUCUUCAAAUAUUUAUACAAUCUUUCAGGGAUCUUGAAAUUUGGCCAAUUUUUUAGUAGUAGUAUCGUUAUACAAUGAUAAAGGCGUAUACGUAUUUAGAUAGCAGUGGUAAAAGAUAAACGUGGCCGAUGGUUAGACAAUAAAUUCGAAUCUUGAGUGUCGUUCUUAAAUUUCAAUAGAUCAAUUUACAAUAACAAUUAUAUUUCCUUGCGAUCUUCGUUAUUUACUCUAUUCAACAAAACUGAUAUGAUUUUAAUCGUUCGAGAUAUUUUUGAAACAAAAUAGAAAAAUGAAUCAACGAAGAGAAAGAGAGAAAGAGAGAGAGAGAGAG